UCUAUGGCAAUGGCAUUAGUCGGUUAUCACUUGGUCAAUUACCCUAAGGUUUAGGAAAUACAUAAAAUUAUUAUUAUUAAAAUAAUAAUAUUCUGGAAAAACUCUCCAAACCUAGAAACAAAGAAAAUUAAAUUAUAUUUUGGGUUUGUUUGGGUUGGGUUUUUUUUUGCUACUAUCAUCUGUUAAUUCACUGGUGUAUUUAAUCCUCCUUUCUCGACAUGGAACAAAACCCUAAAGGUUCUUGCGAUAACCAAUAGCCGCCAGAUUAAUUUCUAACGUGCAAAUAUGGGGUAUCACUGUUUAGCUUUGCGAUGAGAAAAGUUUGAAUUUUUUUAAAUUUUUUUUUGGAUUAGGGUUUGAUAUCUAGUGGUGGGGUAGUGAUCAAAUUGAGAUUUUGGAAGAAUGUUGUCUGAGUUGGGAAGAAGACCGAUGCUUAGCAAUAACGAGGGUUGUUUUGGUGAUGAAUUGGAGAAGGAAAUAGGGAUGUUGCUCCGCGAACAGCGUAGACAAGACGGCGAUGAUCACGAAAGGGAGCUUAAUAUAUUUAGAAGUGGAUCAGCUCCUCCAACUGUGGAGGGUUCUUUGAAUGCAGUUGGAGGGUUGUUUGGUGGUGGUGGUGCCGCCAGUUAUUCGGAUUUUCCUGGGACUAAAGAUGUGAAUGGAAUUGUUUCUGAGGAUGAGCUUAGGUCUGAUCCAGCUUAUCUGUCAUACUAUUAUUCCAAUGUGAAUUUGAAUCCUAGGCUUCCACCUCCUUUGUUGUCAAAGGAGGAUUGGAGGUUUCAACAAAGACUUAAAGGUGGAACUUCAGUUGUUGGUGGAAUUGGUGAUAGGAGGAAAGGAAACAUGACUGAUGAUAAUGGUGGUAGAUCAAUGUUUUCGACACCGCCGGGUUUUAACUUUAGGAAACAAGACAGGAGUGAGGUGGAUAAUGAAAAAACAAGAGGUUCUGCUGAAUGGGGCGGUGAUGGUCUUAUUGGUUUGCCUGGAUUGGGGCUUAGAAACAAACAAAAGAGCCUUGCAGAAAUUUUUGAGGAUGAUAUGGGACGUAACACCUCUGUCACAGGCCAUCCUUCUCGUCCAGCAAGUCGUAAUGCAUUUGAUGAAAAUGUCGAUAUCAUAAGUACAACUGCUGAAGCUGAGUUGGCUCAUGUGCGCCAUGAUCCAACAGGAUCCAAUGUUCAAGGAUCAUCUGCAACUCAAAAUAUUGGUCUGCCAGCUUCGUACUCUUAUGCUGCCGUACUAGGAUCAUCCAUGUCUAGAAGCACUACACCCGAUCCACUACAUGUUACUAGGGCUCCUAGUCCAUGCCUCACACCUAUUGGUGGAGGGAGAGGCGUUGCUUCCGACAAGAGAGGCAUUGUCAGUCCAGAUGCAUUUAACGGUGUUUCAUCUGGCCUAAAUGAGUCAGCUGAUCUUGUGGCUGCAUUAUCAGGGAUGAAAUUGUCAUCAGAUAAUAUGUUAGACAGUAAAAAUCAUUUGCAAUCACAAGUUGAAUCAGACGUUGAUAAUCAUCAGAGAUACCUUUUUGGUAUGCAGGGUGGUCAAGAUCACAGCAACCAACAAUCAUAUCUAAAAAAAUCUGAAUCAGGGUAUUUGCAGAGUUCAGCAAGCAAGAACAGUAGGAGUGGGUCAGACCUCAAUAAUUUAUCCCUGCAUAGACAGGCUGAGCUACAAAACUCUACCUCUCCUUCCAACAACUCGUAUUUCAAGGGAUCACCUACCUCCCAUUAUAGUGGAGGAGGUAAUUUUCCGAAUUCAUCGUUUCCUAACUAUGGCAUAAGUGGUGGGUAUGCUGGAAAUCCAGCAUUGACAUCCUUGAUGACUAACCAAUACGGCACAGGUAAUCUGCCACCGCUUUUUGAAAAUGUUGCAGCGGCGUCGGCAUUGGCAUCCCCUAGAAUGGACUCAAGAAUUCUUGGAGGUGGUUUGGCUUCUGGAGCUGGUUCUUCUGAUAUGCAUAGCCUUGGUGGAAUGGGAAAUCAAAUUGCAGGUGGUGCUCUUCAGGCUCCGUUUGUUGAUCCGAUGUAUCUUCAGUAUGUGAGGACAUCCGAGUACGCUGCAGCACAACUUGCUGCUCUUAACAACCCCUCUGUGGAUCAGAACUACCUGGAUAAUUCAUACAUGAAUUUGCUUGAGCUUCAGAAAGCUUAUCUUGGGUCUGUUCUCUCGCCUCAGAAGUCGCAAUACAAUGUACCAAUGGGUGGUAAAUCAGGCAACAGCAAUCACCAUGGUUAUUACGGAAAUCCAGCUUAUGGUGUUGGGUUGUCUUAUCCAGGAAGUCCAAUGGCAAACUCUGGUUCUCCUGUUGGAUCUGGAAGUCCUAUUAGGCACAAUGAUCUGAACAUGCGUUUUGCUUCUGGAAUGAGGAACUUAUCUGGAGUCAUGGGACCUUGGCAUGUAGAUACUGGGAACAUGGAUGAAAGCUUUGCUUCUUCGCUGUUGGAAGAGUUUAAAAGCAAUAAAGCCAAGUGUUUUGAGCUCGCUGAAAUUGCUGGUCAUGUUGUUGAGUUCAGUGCUGAUCAAUACGGAAGCCGAUUUAUUCAACAGAAGCUUGAGACAGCAACUAUAGACGAAAAAAAUAUGGUUUAUCAGGAAAUCAUGCCACAUGCUCUUGCUUUGAUGACUGAUGUCUUCGGUAAUUAUGUGGUUCAAAAGUUUUUUGAGCAUGGACUUGAAUUACAGAGAAGAGAAUUAGCCAACAAGCUUAUUGGUCAUGUUCUGACACUUAGCCUUCAAAUGUAUGGUUGCCGGGUAAUCCAGAAGGCUAUUGAAGUUGUUGAUCUGGAUCAGAAAAUAGAGAUGGUUCAAGAGCUUGACGGAAACAUCAUGCGCUGUGUACGUGAUCAGAAUGGUAAUCAUGUCAUUCAGAAAUGUAUUGAAUGUGUCCCUGAAGAUGCAAUCGACUUUAUUAUUUCAACAUUUUUUGAUCAAGUUGUGACACUCUCAACGCAUCCAUACGGCUGUCGUGUGAUACAGAGAGUACUGGAGCACUGCGAAAACCCUACAACACAACAAAAGGUUAUGGAUGAGAUUUUAGGAACUGUUAGCAUGUUAGCUCAGGAUCAGUAUGGAAACUAUGUCGUUCAGCAUGUACUGGAACAUGGGAAGCCUCAUGAGCGUUCUACUAUAAUAAAGGAAUUAGCAGGGAAAAUAGUUCAAAUGAGUCAACAAAAGUUUGCUUCCAAUGUUGUGGAGAAAUGCUUGACCUUCAGUGGUCCUUCAGAACGUCAAAUACUAGUGAAUGAGAUGCUUGGAACCACAGAUGAAAAUGAGCCUCUUCAGGCGAUGAUGAAAGAUCAGUUUGCAAAUUACGUUGUCCAAAAGGUGCUGGAAACAUGUGACGACCACCAACGCGAGCUGAUUCUUUCACGAAUCAAGGUUCAUUUGAAUGCAUUAAAAAAGUACACCUACGGAAAGCAUAUCGUCGCUCGUGUAGAGAAACUCGUUGCUGCUGGAGAAAGAAGAAUUGCUGCUCAGACUCCUCAACCUGCCUAAGUAACAUAGAGAAAUAAUGUUUGUUUGUACAGCUAGCUAACAGAGCCUAAUGAGUGCUUCUUCAUCAAAGAGUCUUAUGUUUCCUAUUUCUUUGAAAUAGGUGAUUGGAAAUAAAGUUGUUAACUGUACUGCGCGAAAACUGUACAUUUGUAGCCUUCUAAGUUAAUACAUAGUAUUCAAGCAAGAUGAUGAGGUUCAGAUGUUUAUGAUUAUUGAUGGUGAUGAGUAUAGAAGCCUUUUUUACGGUGUAAAGAGUUAUGAAAUGGUGAGGUAGUUUGCAACUUUACGCACUGUACAAAAUCAUGCCAUGUGGAGAAAUGUUCUUGUUUAGGAGAGGACAUGUUUUUUCUUUUAUUCGUGUACGGUUAUUUAGACCUUGUCAUUUUUCAUUAAGAGUAUAAAUUUUCUUGGAGGUUUAUUUGAUUA